AAACCAACCAAUGAAAUCGUUAAUUUACGUUUGUUGAGGUUCGAGUUCACCACCGCCACAAAUUUUUGUCGCUGAUCACUUCUUGAGUAUUUUCCGAAUUAAAAAAAAAGGUUCGAAUUAGCUUUUUUAAAAUAAAUUUUUACUAACCAUUUAGAAACAAUAGGUAAGUUUAAAUUUAUUCAUUAAAAUCUACAGAUUCUAUUGCUGGUAACUUAAAUUAAUCUUAAUGGAACAGGCCUGAUAAAACUAUUUUCAUUUCUCUACUGUAUUUAAAUUAUAUAAUAUAAAUAUAAUUUGAGUUGAUUUUUAAAUUUUUGAUCAAUUCACUGUUGUGUAAAUCACCCUAAAUUUAAUUUUUAUCGUUUGCGCCUUGAAUAUUAUUAAUGUUAGUAGAAUAUGCAAAGCCAUGGCCAUGCUAAAAAUAUAUAUUUUAACAUCAUUGUCAUAAUCAUAAUCAUUAUUUCUGCUUGUAAAUUAAAAAAUUAAAUAUAAAUAAAAUUAGGAGCCACGCCUAGAGUGAUUUAAGAAUGUAAUAGUAUUAAUAUCAUAAUUCCCCUUGUAAAUUAAAUAUAAAUAAACUUAGCCACGCCUAGUAGUCACUGUCAAUAUCCUGGUGUAGUCUGAAAAGUAGGCUACUAGCUUCGGUGGUAAAAGUGCAGUUCAGGUGCGUAUAUUAUUUCUAACGCAUUUCGUAUUUUUAAAAAAUUGUAUCAUGUAAACUUAAGUGUAUUCUUUAAUAAUUAAAUACAGGCAGUUAGAGUUAACUAAUUCUGAAUUAUAUAUCACAUCUUUUCUUUUUAUUUUACUUCUAAAGAGUCUUUAACCAUCCCCCAACCAAAGUGACACAGCCCCAUUUGUUUGUAUUUUUCAUUUCACUCUAUGCCAGAUUUUUAGCCACCUCUAACUAUAAGUUAGUAUGCUAAACGAAAUUUUCAAACUGUAAACAUGUUCACAAAAAAGAAUGAAAUACUAGAUUUUUAAUUACGCACAAGCCCCACCUCCCCCCAACUUUCUUUUUUUUUUUCCUCUCAGAGCGCUCGGAAUAUAGGGGUUGUCCUUUGAAGUAGGGGGGGGGGAGAUUAGAAGUGGAAUCACUGACUAAGGCAGUGGACACACACGUCAUCAUUGUCCCGGACCUGGUGUGAAGCUGAAAAAAGAAAGGGGGGGGGGGUGCACGAAUACGUGCAAAUGUGUGAUCACGUGUCCACUUUAAAAAAAAAAUAUUUGAGACAUUGCAGAAAUGGGGGAAAUCGGAAUGAUAGCUCAAGCGCCCCCCCCCCCCCACCAACUUUUUUUUUCCCUCUCAGAGCGCUCGGAAUAUAGGGGUUGUCCUUUGAAGUAGGGUGGGGGGGGAGAUUAGAAGUGGAAUCACUGACUAAGGCAGUGGACACACACGUCAUCAUUGUCCUGGACCUGGUGUGAAGCUGAAAAAAGAAAGAGGGUGGGGUGGGGUGCAUGAAUACUUGCAAAUGUGUGAUCACGUGUCCACUUUAAAAAAAAAAAAUAUUUGCAGUAAUGGGGGAAAUCGGAAUGAUAGCGUGGGGGUCAUUUUGAUAGUCAUCUCAUCUUGAAGGCUGCUAAUACGCUGUCCAUGAUUGGUCAGCUCUAAUUUGAGUACCCCUCCUCUUUUUUCGUAUGCAAAUGCGCUUAUUAAUGGUGACUGAUUUGCGCUGAGUAAAGUGAGGGCUAGUGAUUAUUUUUUUAUAUUGUACGACGGACUCGUUUUGGCUUGGCGGUAUUGCUGGUUGUAGGAUCAUUUUGUUUAAAAUGGCAGGACGACCAAGAAACAAUAACUAAAAUUGUUGAUGCAACGGGCAUUUUUAAUGGUGCAGCAUUUGGUUUAUACGCGCACCUUGUGGGGCAACAAAUAACGUUAAUACAACUGGAAUUACUCCUAAGGCGCUCGUAACAAUUGCAAUGUGGCUUGUAAGCUGGGUUCGUAUGUCAAGUAUGUGAGCUCACUAUAAUUACCGGGAUCUGCAUAUCACCUAGGAUUCUAUCGGAAUCACAUCGGGUUCGGGAUCCCAUCAUGAUCCUUCCGGGUGCCAUCGGAAAAAGGGAAAAACGAAAGGUUUACAUAAGACGUGUUUUUUAUAGGAGACAAAUUAAUUAUUUAUUUUUUUUACUAUAGUUUUGUUGUUGACAUUUCGUUUAAUACCAAUGUGAACUAAAAGGACGUAGCAGAUGUUUUUUUCUGAAUGCAGCCCCGGGCAGCUCCGGUUAUAGUUGAUAGUAAAGUUAUAAAAUAAAUACAUCAUUUAUUUUAACUAGAUUCAUCCAAUUGGGCAACUUUUAUAAAGUAUCUUUAAAGACAGAAGAGUUAUCCUUGAUUUACCACAACGGCUCCGUAAAACACGAAAGAUUCAUAAAAAUGUACUUUUUUAAUCUCGUAAAAUUUGUUAAAUUGUUGUUGUAUUCCAAUAAAAAAUCUUUUUAUAUAACUUUUAAAAUACUUUUUAUAAAGAAUUAACAAAAGUUUACACGGGAAAAUAAGAGAUUCAAACAGAAAUAAUAUACGCACCUGAACUGCACCUUUACCCUUCGGUUAAGUCAAGUUAGACUUAAAAAUUAUGAAAAGUUGUCUGUAAUAGUAAUGAGUACUGUGGACAUAUAGUAGGCCCUAAGUCCUAAGUAUUUGUAAAACUGUAGACUUUAAUGUGGAUUGCAGGCUAAACUUAUUAAGCCUAUUUUAUUCAUCGUAUUAGGGGCCAUCCAUUAAUUAUGUCACUCAAAUUAUGCAGAUUUUUUACCCUCCACCUUCGGCCUUCGUCACAAAAAGUUAGAACCCCCUCAAAUAUAACGUCACAAAUCUCUUCACCCCCCUAUAAAAAUUCCCUGUGUUCACUUCUGUCCUUUACAUACAAAUACAAACCCUAACCAUAUUUUAAUGUCUAAAAGACUGACGUUUUUUGGGUGAAACACUUUAACAUUGAUCACAGGCCAUUUUUCGGACUGCGCAUACCUGGACUGAUUCUCUCAGUGUGAUCAUAGUUGAAAAAUAAAUUAUUUUUAAUUGUUGUAUAAAAGGAUAAAGUUAAAAAAUGUCUGUAUUUUAGGGUUAUUUUAUUUACUAUAAUAUUCCGCUUUUCAUGUGACUGAAUAUUGCUUAAGUCCCCACCCUCCCCCUCAUCACACAUCAUGAGACAUCGUCACAAAAAUGUGACCCCCUAGACGCAUGUUGUCAUUUAAGGAUGGUCCCUUAGUAUUUUUGUGUGUAUAAAGAAUCAACUUACGGCGUAGGCCUAUAAUAAUAAUAAAAUACCUAUAAUACCUAAUUAUAAUAUUAAUUACAUUAAUUCAAUCUUUAACCUAAAUAGAUAGUAGACGGCUGGUAAUAUUUUUCACAGUACAUAAUAAUAUAGUAUAGGUCAUGUAGGUUCCCCAGAAUGAUGACCAGCCAUAGUCUGCCAUAGUUCCAUAUUUAAAUUUAAAAGAUAUUAGGCUAAAAUUAUUUUUAUGAUUAUGAAAGAAAAUGUCAACUUUCAGAUGACAGCCAGUGGUAAAUACAACCAUGUCGCAUCAUGACAUUAUUAUCUUGGUAUUUUAUUUUAAAUACAUCAGGCAUAGUGUUAGCAAUUAGAAGACUAGUAGGCCUAUUAUUAACUAUUAAAUUUCAAUUUUAAAAAUGGGGUACAACCAGUCUGGUUUUAAGACUUAGUUGGUAAAUAAAUGAUGCUAACAAUAGUUAUUUACUUUACUAAACAGCAUUGUUUAUGAUGUAGCCUAAUUUUAAUGUAAAAUUUGAGAAAUUUUAAUUUUAAAAAAAAUGACUGUCAUAUUCCAUUUAAAAUACAUGACAAUAUUAAUUCAAUUUGUGAUGGAUUUGAUGAUAAUUGAAUAAUAUGGUGUAUUGUGUAUUUGUUUAUAUUAUAAGAUGCAUUUUAGUACCUAUCCAUGUCCUGCUUUGGAUUGUAAUGUUGAGUUUAGCAAGAAUAAGAUAAAGCACACGAUUGAACACUUCCAAAACAGCUCUCCCCAUUGGGUCCCAAUGCAUAUUUAUCCAGCAACCCAUUAUUCACUGACUUACUCAGUUGACAUGAAGUUGAAAUAAUAAUUUAAUUAGUUAAUAGACUAAUAGAACAUUAUUUUUUUGGACACUUUUAAUAAACUAGGUUUAAAAGAUCUCUAUGCAAAUGGAAACAGCUAGCAGAGUUCUGAAGCCAAAUUUACCAACAGGCUUAAGUACAGAUGGAACAUAUUCCAUAACUACUAAACUUCCUGCUAGGGUACCUUUGGAAAAAGAAAAUUAUUCUUCUGCUAAAGGUGACAAAAUAAUAGCUAAAAAUGAUGAACAGUCAGGAACAGUUAAAGAUGAUGAACAGAUGGACACUUCUAAAGGAAUGAUGUAAGUUGAUGUAGUUGAAUCUUAGUCCUAAUCUAGACCUAGUUGAUAAUUAAUACUAUAUUAUAAUUGCUGAUCAAAUUUUACCAGGCAUAAGAUAAUGUAGAGGUAUCGUGUGAUGGAAUAGCAUAUUAUGCAUACCUUGCUUAUUAAUUUAAAUUUUACUAGACUGAUUUCAUCCUGCGAAUUCUACCCUAUCCUCAUUGUCACAUUGUGACGGAUGGAUGUCAGGAAAAAAACCUCAUUUUUUUUUUGAGUGAUGACCCAGAUAAUUUAUAUAAAUAUUUAACAGUUGACCUUUAUAUCAAAUUUAGACUAAAAGAUGAGAUGAUUUGUCUGCAUUAAUGAAACAUUGCUGUGUUACACAGAAAAUGGUCUCUCAGUGAUUUUGAUAUUGGGCGGCCCCUUGGCAAAGGAAAGUUUGGGAAUGUGUACAUGGCCAGAGAGAAAAAGAGUAAAUAUAUUGUUGCACUGAAGGUAAUGACAAGUUAUUAUUCUGUCUUAUCAACCUUGUUUCUUUCUAUUAAUCAUUCAAUGUCAAUUGAAUUAUGUCAUGUUUAAUCUCUAUGAAAAAUAUCAGAUUUUUGGAUGGAGUGAUGUAGUUUUUAUUAUUUUUCCAGUUAAUGUUCAAAUCACAGCUACAAAAAGCUGGUGUAGAACACCAGCUCAGGAGAGAAAUUGAAAUACAAACUCAUCUCAGGUUUGAUAAACUUUUUUGUUUUAUUGUAUAAUUAGUACAGCAGAACCUUCUUUGACGGCCUUGGGGCUUGGUUUACCAAAAUACGUCAAUAACCGAUGAUCGAGAUAACCGAAAAUCAAUAUGGUGACAAUAUAUUAACAUGUGCUUUAAAUUUCUUUAUGUACAUGAUGUGCGUUAAUAAAUGCAGGUACUUCAGUAAAAAAAGAAAAUAAUUUUUUUAAUAUUACAGUUAUUAUUAAAAAAUGAAACCAGAAUCAACUUUUUAACUCACAUACUUUUUGGGCUACAAAUUUUUAAAGUGCGAGUUCGUUUGGUAUUUUAAAAAUUUUUUUUACUAUGGAUGAAGCCGUAACAUAUUGUGACCUCAUUCUGCUGAUCGUGUCUUGUGCAAUGACUAUGUAGUUUAUAUAAGGCAACACAUGCCCUUAUUACUAAAAUACUAUUUAGGGACUACUUAUUUUCAACUUUGGCACAUGACUAUUUAAUUAAAGCUUUCCCUGACCAGUAGUUCAAUAGCUUUUGCACACAGCAAACUCUUAUGAAUGAAACUCUGACGUAGCACCACGGCAUAGCCAUUAUGUAAGUGACCGUGAAUGGCUGCCCAUAACUUGUUUUGCACACAGCAAAUAAUGAUCAUUUAUAAUAUGGACUCUACCGGGUUUUUAAGCCUCGAAUUAAAACAUAUUUAUUUAAAUUACUUCUAGGUUCAUUCUAUAACACAAGUCCUUAAUUUUGAGAAAUAAAUAAUUAUUUUUAAUUAUAAAAAUCUUGUUUAUUUGUUGUUUGCUCUUUUUUCUUGCGGAGGUCAUGGGGAUCAAGAUAACCGAGGUUAAGUGGCAAAUGUGGCCGCCUUUUGUGCUCGAGAUAUCAGGGUUCAGCGACAUAAAAGAAUCGAAAUAACCGAGGAGAAAAUGCUAAGACAAAGAUAGAAUUUGGCGGUUCCACUUAAAAAAUGUCAACAUAACAGGGUUGGCAAGUUAACCGAGGUCGAGAUAAGCGGGUUCAGCUGUAUUUAGCAAUAAGAACCCUCAACACUAGUCAGUAAUGAGAAUUUGUUGGUAAUAGACUAGUUCAGUUUUAUUCUGCUUUUAAAAGCCAUGUUAUUAAAUUAAUUUUUCAAUGAGGUUUAAAAUUGAUAUGUGAUAUUUCCAUUAGUUUUGAAGGAAUUUAUAAAUAAUUUACUAUUUCAGGCAUCCCCAUAUUCUUAAACUGUUUGGAUAUUUUUAUGAUGACACAAGGAUAUACUUAAUCUUGGAGUAUGCUCCUAAAGGGGAAUUGUAUAAAGAGCUUCAGAAAAACACACGAUUUGAUGAUGCCAGAUCUGCCAAGGUAAAUACAAUGUGAUUCAUUCUUGCAGUCUAGAUAUGCUUCUGUUUAUACAAGAGAAAAAAACUAUCACCCUGUUAGAAAGGAAAAGGGAAUAUUUACAGAGCUUUGUGACCAGUAUUAAGUUGCUAAAUUUUAGUCAAGUUGUUACAAAUCAACCUGCAGCUCCUGAUACUGCUGGCCAAGUUUUAAAACACUUAUCUUUGUUUACCAGUAUAUUGCUCAGUUGGCGGAUGCACUUAUCUACUGCCACAGCAAGAAAGUUAUCCAUAGGGACAUUAAACCAGAAAAUCUGCUUCUUGGAAUGAAAGGGGACCUUAAAAUUGCUGACUUUGGUUGGUCUGUUCAUGCCCCUUCAUCAAGGUAAAGUUUUGAUGCAGUUUUAGCUUUUUUAUUAUGUUCAUUUAGGUCAGUGGGUCCUUUUUAAUAUAGCUGCAUUAAGUUCCAGUUAGGAUCAUUUGUAAUAAAAAUGAAUAGCUCAUUGAAAGUUUUGAGUCUGUAUUCCAUUUGUUUAAACUAUGCUUACAAGAAUAAUAAAUGCUGGUGAGCAUUUUAACUUUUGUGAGAUGGUUAAACACAAUAAAUUACCUUUUUUUUUUCUUCUUAAAAUUUACUUUUAGGCGCCAUACUAUGUGUGGAACAUUGGACUAUUUGCCGCCUGAGAUGGUUGAGGGGAAAUUCCACAAUGAAUGUGUAGAUCUAUGGAGUCUUGGAGUGCUUUGUUAUGAAUUUCUUGUUGGCAAGCCACCAUUUGAAGCUGAAGGCCACUCUAACACAUACAAGAGGAUUUGCAAGGUUGACCUGAGGUUUCCAGAUUUUGUAUCAGAAGGUGCCAGGGAUCUAAUUUCAAAGGUGUGUAGCGAUGUAUACUCAAUCAGCAGCUUCUCUGGGCUCCUGUUCAUGUUACAGAUGUGUGGAUAUUUUAUAUCAGCAGCUUCUCUGGGCUCCUGUUCAUGUUAAAGAUGUGUGGAUAUUUUAUAUCAGCAGCUUCUCUGGGCUCCUGUUCAUGUUACAGAUGUGUGGAUAUUUUAUAUCAGUAGCUUCUCUGGGCUCCUGUUCAUGUUACAGAUGUGUGGAUAUUUUAUAUCAGCAGCUUCUCUGGGCUCCUGUUCAUGUUACAGAUGUGUGGAUAUUUUAUAUCAGCAGCUAGUAGCUAGCAGCAGUGAAUGUGUAUGAAAGUGAAGGUUGUUGGUAAAUAUCUAGUAGUGGAGAACGUUGUCUAUACAUAGCUAGCAGCAGUGAAUGUGUAUGAAAGUGAAGGUUGUUGGUAAAUAUCUAGUAGUGGAGAACGUUGUCUAUACAUAGCUAGCAGCAGUGAAUGUGUAUGAAAGUGAAGGUUGUUGGUAAAUAUCUAGUAGUGGAGAACGUUGUCUAUACAUAGCUAGCAGCAGUGAAUGUGUAUGAAAGUGAAGGUUGUUGGUAAAUAUCUAGUAGUGGAGAACGUUGUCUAUACAUAGCUAGCAGCAGUGAAUGUGUAUGAAAGUGAAGGUUGUUGGUAAAUAUCUAGUAAUGGAGAACAUUAUAAUAUAUCUACACAGAUCAAAAUCACAUUUUCAUUCUCUAAUUUAAAAAAAUUUCUUGCAGUUAUUGCGUCAUGAUCCAAAAGCUCGUCUCCCACUGGAGGAAGUAUUGAAGCACCCCUGGAUUAUCCAAUACAAGGAUGCACCAAGCACAAUCAAGUUUUAAUAACUCACAACCAUAGCUCUUUUUGUGUGUACAAAGUUAAUAUGCGUUCAUUUAGCGACAUAAGUGGUUCUUAAAAAUAUUGUUAUUUAUAGCUUUCUAAUUCUACAAAGAAGUUUAGUUUCCACAACUUAGAAUUAAAUGGAUUAGCUAAAUGUUUGUUGAUCGAUAACUAUUUUGCAGAACUGUGCAUUGCACACACAAUGGUCGCGAAUAAUUUAAAGACAUUUGUCAUGUUAUUAUUCUGGAAUGCAAUUUAAUUUGAUAAUUUAAUACUGAAAUGAUCUAAAAGCAACAAAAAAAACAGAGUGAUUUUUACUAUAUUUUGAAAUGUUUCUUGAUAAGAUCUGCUUUGAUUUUACAUUUUAACACUUUGAGAUCUGAUCAUGUUUCUUUUCUUGUAGAUACAUUACAAAGUAACCUAAAUCUAUUGGAAUAGCUGCUAUGUGAAAUUUGACAAUAUGGUUUUCGAUUCAGAUUUGCUUGGCCAUGAUGUUUAGUUUAGAUAAAAAGUUAAAUUUAAUUUGAAAUUAUCUCACUUGCAGCUAUUGAAAUGACAUUUAAACAAUCUUUUGUGAACACAAGUUAAAUGUAUUAUUUUGUAUUUAUAAAUCUGUAAUAUGCCUCCACCAUUUUUCAAAUUAUGCAUGUAAUGAAUUCACCUGGAACCCAUUUUUUGUAUAUUGUACAGCUGUACACAUUGUGUAAAAAGUGAUGAGCAGAUCAAAACACCAGGUUUACAGGAUUCAAAAUAUGUUUUACAUGCUGAAAGUUUUUUUUUUAAACUGUAAUUUGUAAGAUGUGCCCUUUUCCAUUUCACAUGUACAAAUGUUUGUAAGAAAAAACUACCAUUUUCCAAAUGUAUCUGGUAUAGGUUAAACUUGAUGAAUUCUUUAAAAUUAUUAAAUUUUUUUGGUGAAAGUGUCUACUAAUGACUGAGGGCAUAGUAUGAGUAAGAUUAAGAGAUGUUGGGUGUCCUGGCAGGGGUCUGUACAUUGCUUAAGUACUUACAAAUUAUGUCAUUCAUGACAUCUGGACACAUUGCUGUCAUAUUUGUAAGAAAAAAAACAAAUGUAACUUUUUUGUGUGGCUGAGCCUCCUGAUGACAUGUUAAUUUUGUUACACUACCAUUUCGUAAUUUCCCUCAUGCUUUGACUGCGUGAAGAUAACAAAAUUACAAACAAAAUUAAAGGCAGUUCACACUUAAGGGAUUUGUUGCUCGGACAUGGGCCUGUACCAGUUUGGCACAAAUGCUAAUUUUCUGGGAUAUGUUCCUAGCCACUAGGCUUUGGUCAGAAUUAGACAUUUUUCAAGGAUCCAGCAUGUCCUUGAUUAUGUGCAGCUUUGAAGUGAGUUUGGAUCAGUUGACAGGAUUUGUUUGGUAUUCCAAUAAUUUUAAAUAAUUAUAACCCAUUAAAAAAAAUAUUUAAGAAUGAAUGUAUUGUUUUUAAUUUGCUGAAAGUGUCAAAAGACAAUUUUAUUUUAAUUAAAUGUUACGUUAACGUAAGAUAUAAAAAAAUCUUAUAAUUGAUUAAAAUAUUAACUUAUAUAUUGUGGAAUAGGGUUUAACAGAUAAUAUAAUUUUUUAAAAUUAAUUUAUGUCUGCUGGUAAUUUAUUAUUCAAUAUAAUUGUGCCUAAGAUAUGUGCCUGCAACAAAUCCUCUGUGUGAAAAUAACUUCAGUGAAUGUUUUCUUCAUGUGACUAAUUUGGAACGGCAAAUAUACCAGUAUUUAUUAUUAUUAAAAUGUCUGUUGGCGAAUUUACCAGUGAAGAAGGGUUAGUUUCCUUUUUAAGUAGUAAUCCCACAAAUAAUUUUUCUUGAUACAAAUAUUACUGAUCUUCAGGACAACAAAAAGUCGUGUAGUUCGAAGUAUAUAAAAGCUUGGAUGCAGUAAGUGGGGAUGAUAUGUGAAAAUAUUUACACUUUUUUUGUACACUAUGUACAGUUUGCCCUUCCCUCCAGUGCCAGGCAACACCAUUAUAGCUUCUUAAAUACAGUAUGAAGGAUGAGGGAUAAAGAAAAUGCUAUAACAAUGUUUCCUUGAAAUAAUUUUGUUCAUGAUUAUUAGGACCAACCAAGCCCACAGAAAAUAUGAAUUAUGUUGAAUAAUACAUGUUAUUAAAAAGUAACAUUUUUUAAAAAAAUUAGUGUCAAUGGGGAUUGUUUUUGGUUCAUAGAGAUUUGUUUGAAAUGAAAGUAUUGAAUAUUUCUUUUAAUUUAAUUAUAUUUAAAAAUUUGUAAAGCAUUGAUGAAAAUAUGUAUAAGAACUGCCUUUAAAUUAAACAUUUGUUGAAAAUGA